CAGGGCAGAGGACAGGGGUCACUGCUGACAGGGCAGAGGACAGGGGUCACUGCUGACAGGGACAGGGGUCACUGGACAGGGCAGAGGACAGGGGUCACUGCUGGCAGAGCAGAGGACAGGGGUCACUGCUGGCAGGGCAGAGGACAGGGGUCACUGCUGGCAGGGCAGAGGACAGGGGUCACUGCUGGCAGGGCAGAGGACAGGGGUCACUGCUGGCAGGGCAGAGGACAGGGGUCACUGCUGGCAGGGCAGAGGACAGGGGUCACUGCUGGCAGGGCAGAGGACAGGGGUCAGGGCUGCUGGCAGGGCAGAGGACAGGGGUCACUGCUGGCAGGGCAGAGGACAGGGGUCACUGCUGACAAGGCAGAGGACAGGGUCACUUGGCAGGGCAGAAAACAGGGGUCACUGCUGGCAGGACAG